AUUCGGCGGUGGAACUGCCAAGUGUUCGGUUGGGUCUCUAGCGGUGUUUCUUGAAUUUGGUGCACCAUGACUGGACGGGUUAUCAUCGCUCUUUCGGCUCUGCUCGCAAUCGCCAGCUUGGGUUCUGUUGACGGACGAAAGGGCUAUGGAUCCGGGGAGCAGGAUUGGGGCUUUGUAGAUGUCAGGACAGGUGCACAUAUGUUCUACUGGCUGUACUACACCACCGCCAAUGUUUCCAGUUACACGGAACGCCCUCUGGCCAUUUGGCUCCAAGGCGGACCGGGAGCCUCGUCCACGGGGUACGGAAACUUUGAGGAGCUGGGACCUCUGAAGCUGGAUGGCAGCUACCGCGACUGGACUUGGGUGAAGGACAUGAACGUGAUGUUCAUCGACAACCCUGUGGGCAGUGGUUUCAGCUACGUGGACGGAUCCUCCUACUAUACGACUACCAACAAGCAGAUUGCCCUCGAUCUGGUGGAGCUGAUGAAGGGCUUCUACAAGAACCACCCGGAAUUCAAGACCGUGCCGUUGCACAUCUUCUGCGAGAGCUAUGGCGGAAAGAUGGCUCCGGAGUUUGCCUUGGAGCUGGAAUACGCCAUCCAGCGCGGAGAGAUUGAGAGUAACUUUGUUUCGGUGGCGCUGGGAGAUCCCUGGACCUCACCCAUCGACUCCGUGCUCUCGUGGGCUCCCUUCCUGCUGCAGAUGGGAAUUGUGGAUCAGGAUGGCCACGACAAGAUCGAGGCUGCGGCCUUGAAGACAAAGGACUAUGUGGAUCGCGAGAGGUGGACACAGGCCACUCUGCAGUGGAGCUCCACUCAGUCGGUGGUGCUGCGCGAGUCCAAGGGCGUGGAUUUCUAUAACGUGGAGACCCCGACACUUGGUGACCAGUACAGACUGAUGGCCCGGGCAGCCAUGACCCCAGAGGAGCUCAUGUACCGCACUCUGGUGAAAUUCGACGUGGAUGAAGACCGGGACCAGAUUCUGGAGGAUCUGAUGCUGGGACCCGUCACCGAGGCUCUAGGAAUCGAUUCCGGAGUCAAGUGGGGCGCCCAGAGCGGAACCACCUUCACCAGGUUGAUGGGAGAUUUCAUGAAGCCCGCCGUGGAUAUUGUGAGUGAGUUGCUGAGCAACACCACCGUGAAAGUGGGUGUAUUUUCCGGAGGCCUUGACCUGAUCUGCGCUACUCCGGGAGCCGUCAAUUGGAUCGCUGAUAUGGAAUGGACCCACAAGGAUUCGUACCAGGCCGCUUCCCGCGUGGGAAUCACCGUGGAUCGAGUUUUGGAGGGUUACGAGAAGACUUACGGUAACUUCAGCAUGUUUUGGGUGAACCGGGCUGGUCACAUGGUACCCGCCGAUAAUCCUGCGGCCAUGUCCCACAUCCUCCGUCACUUCACAAAGUUUGGCUAACCAAAUAGUAAAUAGUGAUCAAAUAUAAAUAAAGAUUAUUUUCGAAAUGUA